AUGGUGGUGGGUCUGAGCAGGCAGUACAAAGGGACACCAGGAAAGCCUUCCGCAAGGGUACGCACACCAUCUACUAUCUCCUUUCAUUCUCCCCCCUCCCUCCCGCCCUCCCCUCUACUCAAAUCCUCUCUGCUAUCGUCCAUAGCAUGUGGUGUGUCUAUGUACAACUAGACACUGUGAGACUGCGUGGGGCUCUGGGAGACAGAACAGGAAUUGGGGAGUGGACCUCGAUUGUUUACUCCCCUUUGUUUCUCUACACUGGGUGAUUCUCAGUUACAGCUGAGCCCUCACACAGAACCUCAUGGUGUCAGUGUUAAACAUUCGCUUCACUGAUAUCGGUACUGUUUAUACUUUAACCCCUUAUCUGUAGGGGCCCUUAGGAGCACAACCUGCCAUUAAAAACUGAACACCCUUAAACGGCCUACACUUAUAACCUGGAGCCAACCACUAACUACAUGAGCAACCACUCCUUAAACUGGAGCCAACACUAAACUGGACCACCCUCCACUCUAACUAACACUGGAGACUACACACACUUACUAACUGGAGACACCCACUCUAACAACACCUGGAGCCACACAACCUCAACUAAACCUGGAGCACACCACUUCUAAGGACCACACCAUCACUCAAACCCUCCUACCCUACCCCUCUAACUAACCUGCCCUACACUACCACUUAACUAACUGGAGCCUACCUACCACCUAACUAACACCUGAGCCACACACCACUCUAACUACACCUGGAACACUACCACUCUAACGACACUGGAGCCCUAACCACUACCACUUAAUAACACUGGAGCACUAACCACUACCCACUCUAACUAACACCUGGAGCAUCCACUACCCACUCUAACAACCUGAGCCCACUACCACUCAACUACACCUGGAGCACCACCACUACCCACUCUAUACACUGGAGCACACCAUACCAUCUAACUAACACCUGGACACUACCCUACCCACUUAACUAAACCUGGAGCCACUACCACUACCCACUCUAACUAACACCUGGAGCCAACCCACUACCCACUCUAACUAACACCUGGAGCACACCAUACCCACUCUAACUACACCUGGAGCCUACCACACCCACUCUAACUAACACCUGGAGCCACUACCCACUCUAACUAACACCUGGAGCACACCCACUACCACUCUACUAACACCUGGAGCCACUACCACUACCCACUCUAACAACACCUGGAGCCACUACCACUAACACCUGGAGCCACUACCCACUACCCACUCUAACUAACACCUGGAGCACUACCCACUCUAACUAACACCUGGAGUCACCACCCACUACCCACUCUAACUAACACCUGGAGCACCACCCACUACCCACUCUAACUAACACUGGAGCCACUACCCACUCUAACUAACACCUGGAGCCACUACCCACUACCCACUCUAACUAACACCUGGAGCCAUACCCACUCUAACUAACACCUGGAGCCACUACCACCACUCUAACUAACACCUGGAGCCACUAACCACUACACUACCCACUCUAACUAACACUGGGCAACCAACCACACACUACCCCACUCUAACUAACACCUGGAGCACACCCACUCUAACUAACACCUGGAGCCACUACCACUACCCACUCUAACUAACACCUGGAGCCAUCCACCCACUCUAACUAACACCUGGAGCCACUACCCCACUCUAACUAACACCUGGAGCCACUACCCACACCCACUCUAACUAACACACUGGAGCCACCUAACCACUACCCACUCUAACUAACACCUGGAGCCACCACCCACUACCCACUCUAACUAACACCUGGAGCCACACCCACUACCACUAACUAACACUUGGAGCCACCACCCCACUACCCACUCUAACUAACCACCUGGAGCCACUACCCACUACCCACUCUAACUAACACCUGGAGCCACUACCACUACCCACUCAACUAACACCUGGAGCCACUACCCACUACCCACUCUAACUAACACCUGGAGCCACUAACCCACUACCCACUCUAACUAACACCUGGAGCCACCACUACCACUCUAACUAAUAGCCACCUGGAGCCACCACUAUACCCACUCUAACUAACACCUGGAGCCACUACCCACUACCACUCUAACUAAACACCUGGAGCCACUACCCACUACCCACUUAUAAACUAACACCUGGAGCCACUAACCACUACACCACUUAACUAACACUGGAGCCACUACCACUACCCACUCUAACUAACACCUGGAGCCACCUAACCACUACCCCACCCUCAACUAACACCUGGAGCCACUACCCACUCUAACUAACACCUGGAGCCAACUAACCACUACCCCACUCUAACUAACACCUGGAGUCCACUACCCCACUACACCCACUCAACUAACUAACACCUGGAGCACUAACACACACCAACUAACCCUGACCCACCCUAACUACCAAACCUGGAGCACUAACCACUACCCACUCUAACUAACACCUGGAGCCACCACCCACUCUAACUAACACCUGGAGCCACCACCCACUACCCACUCUAACUAACACCUGGAGCCACUACCCUACACCACACCCCAACCCUACCACCUAACUAACACCUGGAGCCACUACCCACUACCCACUCAUAACUAACACCUGGAGCCAACCACCCCACUCUAACUAACACCUGGAGCCACUACCCACUACCCACUCUAACUAACACCUGGAGCCACUACCACCCCCACUCUAACGACUACACUACACCUGGAGCCACUAACCACUACCCACUCUAACUAACACCUGGAGCCACACCACUUAACAUGACCCACCUACCCACUCUAACUAACACCUGGAGCCACUAACCACUACCCCACCCCCUCCCCCUUAACUAACACCUGGAGCCACUACCACUACCCACUCUAACUAACACCUGGAGCCACACCACUACCCACUCUAACUAACACCUGGAGCCAACCACUACCCACUCUAACUAACACCUGGAGCCACCACCCACUCUAACUAACACCUGGACCACCACUACCCACUCAACUAACACCUGGAGCACACCCACUCUAACUAACACCUGGAGCCACUACCCACUCCCACUAACUAACACCCCUGGACCACUACCACUACCCUCCUACCACCCACCUCUCUAACAUAACACCUGAGCCACCCACCACUAACACCGACCACACCUACCAUCUAACUAACACCUGGAGCACCACCCCACACACUACACCACCACUCUAACUAACACCUGGAGCCACUACCCACCUACCCACCUCUAACUAACACCUGGAGCCACUACCACUACCCAUUUCUAACUAACACCUGGAGCCACCUACCCUACCACCCACUCUAACUAACACCUGGAGCCACUACCCCACUACCCACUCUAACUAACACCUGGAGCCACUACACCACUACCCCACUCUAACUAACACCUGGAGCCACCACUACCCACUCUAACUACACGACCCUACCCACACUAACUAACAACACCUGGAGCCACUACCACUACCCACUCUAACUAACACCUGGAGCCACUACCCACUACCCACUCUAACUAACACCUGGAGCCACUACCCACUACCCACCUCUAACUAACCACUUCGAGCCACUACCCACUACCCACUCUAACUAACACUACCCAACCAUACCUGUAGACACCUGACCACUACCCACUACCCACUCUAAAACCCUGAGCACACCCUACACUCUAACAAACCCUAGCCACUACCCCACCUCUCAACUAACACCUGGAGCCUACUACCCACUACCCACUCUAACUAACACCUGGAGCCACUACCCACUACCCACUCUAACUAACACCUGGAGCCACUACCCACUACCCACUCUAACUAACACCUGGAGCCACUACCCACUACCCACUCUAACUAACACCUGGAGCCACCACCCACCACUCUAACUAACACCUGGAGCCACUACCCACUACCCACUCUAACUACACAACACCUGGAGCCACACUAACAACCUGGACCAUACCUACCCACUCUAACUAACACCUGGAGCACACUACCCACCUAACCACCUGAGCCACACCUCUACCACCUAACAACACCUGGAGCCACUACCCACUACCCACUCUAACUAACACCUGGAGCCACUAACCACUACCCACUCUAACUAACACCUGGAGCCACCACCCACUCUAACUAACACCUGGAGCCACUACCCACUACCCACUCUAACUAACACCUGGAGCCACUACCCACCACCCACUCUAACUAACACCUGGAGCCACCACCCACUACCCACUCUAACUAACACCUGGAGCCACCACCCACUCUAACUAACACCUGGAGCCACUACCCACUACCCACUCUAACUAACACCUGGAGCCACUACCCACCACCCACUCUAACUAACACCUGGAGCCACCACCCACUACCCACUCUAACUAACACCUGGAGCCACUAACCACUACCCACUCUAACUAACACCUGGAGCCGCUACCCACUACCCACUCUAACUAACACCUGGAGCCACUAACCACUACCCACUCUAACUAACACCUGGAGCCACUACCCACUCUAACUAACACCUGGAGCCACCACCCACUCUAACUAACACCUGGAGCCACCACCCACUCUAACUAACACCUGGAACCACUACCCACUACCCACUCUAACUAACACCUGGAACCACUACCCACUACCCACUCUAACUAACACCUGGAGCCACCACCCACUCUAACUAACACCUGGAGCCACUACCCACUACCCACUCUAACAAACACCUGGAGUCACCACCCACUCUAACUAACACCUGGAGCCACUACCCACUCUAACUAACACCUGGACCCACCACCCACUCUAACUAACACCUGGAGCCACCACCCACUCUAACUAACACCUGGAACCACUACCCACUACCCACUCUAACUAACACCUGGAACCACUACCCACUACCCACUCUAACUAACACCUGGAGCCACCACCCACUCUAACUAACACCUAUAGCCACUAACCACUACCCACUCUAACAAACACCUGGAGUCACCACCCACUCUAACUAACACCUGGAGCCACUACCCACUACCCACUCUAACUAACACCUGGAACCACUACCCACUACCCACUCUAACUAACACCUGGAGCCACUACCCACUCUAACUAACACCUGGAGCCACCACCCACUCUAACUAACACCUGGAGCCACCACCCACUACCCACUCUAACUAACACCUGGAACCACUACCCACUACCCACUCUAACUAACACCUGGAGCCACUACCCACUCUAACUAACACCUGGAGCCACCACCCACUCUAACUAACACCUGGAGCCACCACCCACCACCCACUCUAACUAACACCUGGAACCACUACCCACUACCCACUCUAACUAACACCUGGAGCCACCACCCACUACCCACUCUAACUAACACCUGGAGCCACUAACAAAAACCCACUAACUAACACCUGGAGCCACCACCCACUCUAACUAACACCUGGAGCCACUAACCACUACCCACUCUAACUAACACCUGGAGCCACUAACCACUACCCACUCUAACUAACACCUGGAGCCACUAACCACUACCCACUCUAACUAACACCUGGAGCCACUAACCACUACCCACUCUAACUAACACCUGGAGCCACCACCCACUCUAACUAACACCUGGAGCCACCACCCACUCUAACUAACACCUGGAGCCACUACCCACUACCCACUACCCACUCCAACUAACACCUGGAGCCACUACCCACUCUAACUAACACCUGGAGCCACCACCCACUACCCACUCUAACUAACACCUGGAGCCACUACCCACUACCCACUCUAACUAACACCUGGAGCCACUAACCACUACCCACUCUAACUAACACCUGGAGCCACCACCCACUCUAACUAACACCUGGAGCCACUACCCACUACCCACUCUAACUAACACCUGGAGCCACUAACCACUACCCACUCUAACUAACACCUGGAGCCACUACCCACUCUAACUAACACCUGGAGCCACCACCCACUCUAACUAACACCUGGAGCCACUACCCACUACCCACUCUAACUAACACCUGGAGCCACUAACCACUACCCACUCUAACUAACACCUGGAGCCACCACCCACUCUAACUAACACCUGGAGCCACUACCCACUACCCACUCUAACUAACACCUGGAGCCACUACCCACUCUAACUAACACCUGGAGCCACUAACCACUACCCACUCUAACUAACACCUGGAGCCACUAACUACUACCCACUCUAACUAACACCUGGAGCCACCACCCACUCUAACUAACACCUGGAGCCACUAACCACUACCCACUCUAACUAACACCUGGAGCCACUAACCACUACCCACUCUAACAAACACCUGGAGUCACCACCCACUCUAACUAACACCUGGAACCACUACCCACUACCCACUCUAACUAACACCUGGAGCCACUACCCACUCUAACUAACACCUGGAGCCACCACCCACUCUAACUAACACCUGGAGCCACCACCCACUCUAACUAACACCUGGAACCACUACCCACUACCCAAUCUAACUAACACCUGGAGCCACCACCCACUCUAACUAACACCUGGAGCCACUACCCACCACCCACUCUAACUAACACCUGGAGCCACUACCCACUACCCACUCUAACUAACACCUGGAGCCACUACCCACUACCCACUCUAACUAACACCUGGAGCCACUACCCACUACCCACACUAACUAACACCUGGAGCCACUACCCACUACCUACUAACAUCUGGAGCUCCUUUCACACCCUCAUCUCCAGCACAAGUCGCAGAAGAGAGAGAGCGAGAGUGUGUGUGUGUGUAUUUAAAUGCCACUGUGUGUGCGUGUGUGUGUGUAUUUAAAUGCCACUGUGUGUAAAGGUGUCUGAUUGCAUGGCUACCCGUUUUGUGUCUUAACUGCCCUGUACGUCCAAAUUAACUUGAGCAUGCAGCGGCAGCAUGCACUGUGUGUUUGUGUGUGUGUGUGUGUGUGUGUGUGUGUGUGUGUAAGCCUGUUCAGAUGACCCGUUGGCUGACACAAUAGGGUCUCAUACCAUUGAGUUUACGCUCCCACAGAUCAUGAUCCAAACACAUGAUCUAUUAAACGUUCAGUCAGGCCCCUCGUACGUACACAGCUAUUUUAAGCUCAUGAGGACAACUCUAACAUUUCAUUGUUCACUCUAAAGCAUUUCUUUCCUUAACAUUCUGAAAGAAGAGAUCUCUAUCACAUUCUGUUCCAUGAGGAACCUGGUCUGAGAUCCACAAUAGUGACAUUAUCAGUACAUGCUGAUCUGUCUAGUGUGUGUGUGUGUGUUAGAUGGAAGAGAUGAUCUCUGUGAUCCGGGAGGUGUUCAUCAGUAACUUAGACCACCUGAGAUGGAUGGAUGCAGCGACCAAGAAGGCUGCUGAGCAGAAGGUGAGACAUUGAUUUCUACCUGUUGACUUCAGGCUGACCUGUUCAACUGUCUCUGUUUUACCUGUCUCGGUUUUACCUCUGUCAACUGUUAAAAUUACAAGCUGAAUUCAUACAUUCUGUUUUGUUAUUCCCCUUCAAACUCUCAAAAUCUUCUGUAGGCACAAGCUAUCCGUGAGCGGAUUGGCUACUCCGACAACAUCAAGAAUGACACCUACCUGAACAACGAGUAUAAAAAUGUGAGUGUUGAAAGGUGAAAGAACAUGAUGACAAUGCAUUUCGUCAGUGGACGUGAUACAUUGGACAAUAUCAUAUCUGAUAUCUGUCAUUGACACUGUGUGUAUGUUGAUGCUAGUUGAGCUACAGUGCAGAGGAGUACUUUGAGAACAUCCUUCAGAACCUGGAGUAUGUUCAGAAGAAACGUCUGAGGAAGCUACGGGUCAAAGUCAACAAAGAAGAGUAA